CUCUCUCUCUCUCUUAAACUCUCCAUCUCUUUUUCUUGCUCUCUCUCCCUUUCCACCUAUCUCUCUCCUGCUCUUUCUCUCAGGCUCUCUCUCUCAAACCCCUCUCUUUCUUUUUACUUCUCUCUCUACCGCUUACCCUCUUACUCUGUCUUUCACUUUCUCACACCCUCUCUCGCUCCCUGUCUCUCUCUCUCUCUUUUCCUCUCCCUACAGUCCAAUACAUCCCCAUCCAAAUGGCAGCCCACUGGAGCACCAUGUCUAUAACAGGGAAGAGGACAUAAGGGAAAGUGUGAAAGAGCGCGAGAGCAAGAGAGCGAAAGACAUAGGGUGGGAAAAGAAAAAGAGAAAAAAAGGGAGAAGAGGGAAGGAUGGAAGCAAAACGCAUUAUGUUCAUUUACACUGACUUCACCAUUACAGUGGUUCACUAUUAAAAUACUGGACAUGUCUUACUGGUGUUUAUACACUGGUUGGUUGACCACACUGGUUGACCGCUAGAUGGUUUUAGGGGCGGUCAGUUCAUCUUUUCUGUUCUGUUCAGCAAACCGUCUGAAGUACUUGACGGGAGUGGAUGGAAGACAGCAGUGACGCAAAGGAAAGUGGACAUAGGAAAAGUGACAGAGUGAGAAAGUGAGAGAGAGAGAGAGAGAGGGAAAGUAAGUUAGUAAAGAGCUAAUGGAAGGCGUGAAGGAAUAGGGGGCUGUGUUUGUGACACAGAAGACGGGUGGUCGAGGACACACACACACUUACACACACACACAUCAGCGGUGGAGACCUCAGCGAGCGUGUGUGAGGGUGUGAUCGGCGUUCUGACCACAAACAUGCAGUUGGUUAGACCAGCCUGGAUCUUCUGAACUCUUAUCUAAGGGAAUUGAAAUGCAGCACAGCAUCUGGAUAAAGACUGACAGACCCUGAUCUCUAGUCAGUUCCGAUAAGCUUCCUGUCAUACCGUCAUAAACAGGCUUACUGGGACACCUGAUCUGGCAUCAGAGCACUAGACAAAUGGAAAAACCCUGGAGUGAUGGGAUCAACACGUACUCUUAACUCCAAAUGAAGAAAUCAAAAAGGUCUUCUGAGCUGUGUGGUGAACUUUAGCUUUUAGCAAAGAGCAUCCAAAAGCACACCUGGACCAGAGGUACUGCUCUAACUGCUGCAUCAGAACCCUAGACACAAUCAGGGGCAUAGAUCCAGCACCAGGUGGAGAGAGAGAGAUACAGGGCACAGGGUUAGGGGAGGACAAUGAUGGAGAAGUUGGGCCCCCCUGUCUCCCCGUCCCCUUCGCCCGCACCCUCAGUGACUGAGCGCUUAACCCCUCCUCAGGAUGUUUCUCCAUGUGCUAGCAGCCCUGCGGCUAAUGAGGCUAACCACGUGGAUAGUGGUGCACGCACGAUCCCCAGCAGUCCCGCCGUGACUGAAGACACUUCAGAGCCUGCAUCUAAAUCUGCUGAGCCAAUCAAUAACCAGGACAAACCUACUACACCCCCCCUGCUACCGGGGUCCAAGCACACAACCUCCCCAACCACUACCAUCAUCACCACCAACACCACCACCACCACCACCAUUGUUCUGUCUUCUCCCUCCACUUCAGCCCCUGCUCCUCUACCACCCAACAUCCCGGUCAUCAGUCUGGCUCACAGCAAACCCCCCAUGCCUCCCAUCCCUAUGCCCACCCCACAGCUCACUGCCCUGCACCCUAUCCCAAACCUGCCCCAUGGGCCCGGAGAGCUACGACUAGCCCAGCUAGCAUCUCUUUCAGGGACGAGUCCCACAACCACCGUGCCACCGCCUGGAACUCUGCUGCAACACCAGUACUUGCCUGGGCACCCACUACUCAACAGCUCUUUCCUCGGCCACUCUGGUGGAUAUGGGAUAUUCAGCAACAACCGCAUUAAGAGAAGGCCAUCGUCACAUUUUGAAUUAGAACUGACUGAGUGUCCUCCUCAGAAGAUAGCACGCCGCGUCUUCACAAACAGUCGGGAACGCUGGCGACAGCAGAAUGUAAACGGUGCAUUCUCAGAGCUACGCAAGCUCAUCCCCACGCACCCUCCUGAUAAGAAGCUCAGCAAGAACGAGAUCCUGCGGCUGGCCAUGAAGUACAUCAACUUUCUGGUCAAGCUGCUAAACGACCAGGCCAGUGAGAAGGCCACCCAUGGCCUGAUGGAUGGGCUCGAGGAGGUGGAGGGCAAGACGAUGAAGGACAAAGGGCUGGGAAACAGGGACAGAGACUGUGGACACGAUCUUCGUGUGCUGGGUCCAGACAGCACCCCUCCAUCCCAGAUCAGCCUGUCCGCGGUUCGUCCGGCCAUGGCUACCACUGGCCGCAAUAGAGACUCCACUGACUCCGUCGUUGCCCUGACCACGUCGCCGGGGUCGAGUUGCUAUGGUGACACAGACAGUGAGGAGACCCCUGGCAUACAGAAUUCUGGGAUGAUAAAGACAGGCAUGAGUGGAGGGAUGAUGGAGAAGAUGAAGGAGCAGAUACAGAGCGUUACAGCCAGUGGAUACCAGCGAUGACAUUACUUGUGUUUGUGUUAUAAUAUAUACUAUAUACUGUAUGUCUUUUGUGCAAAAGUGUCCAGACUGGCCACCAUUUUUGAUCAUUGGGUUCAGCUGAUCUGAAGGAUAAGUCCAACAUUUUCUAGCUUAAUUUGCUGCAUCUGUAUCAAACCGUCAAAUCUAAGCAAUGUAUCCACUCUAUUCUGCCACGCCCACUGUCAAAAUCUUGUUUCUUCCACAUUUGUGUUAGAACUACUUAAAGUGAAUGCAGUCUGAAGCUGACACCAAACAUAAAGCUAUGCUAGUCCAAAAUUUCAUCAGGCUAUUUAACCCAACCUUAGUUAGGACUAUUUAGAGCAAAGCUUACUAGCUUUCUAGCACAACACAAAAAGAUGUUGGAAUGCUGUGGUGACACAUAUAGUUAACUUGAAUCCACUGUCUUCCAAAAAAGUGGAGCUGCCUCUGUGGUUGAGGGAGCUAAAUUUAAAACAUCUAUCCAAACAUUAAUACGUCUGCUCUUACCAUUCUGUAGAGGGAAACGCAGUUAAACUCAGAUGUAUCCAGUGCUGUGAGGCUGUAGAAAAAGCUGUAAGCUUAACUGCAAGUACACCCAAUACAUCCACUUCACCGAAGAUUCAUAAUGGAGAUGUUUCUCUGGGUGAUAAAGUUCUGGGGCCUUAUGUAAUAUAGUUGCUCAUGUACGAAAAUAUUGCGUAGGCCACAUUUCAAGCUCACGGUCAGAUGAACUAUAUAUUACUUGAACAUGAGAAGCAUUUUAAUUUCUUACAUAUCUUUUUAUCGUAUUUUUUGCACUAUAAGGCACACCAUAUUAUAAGGCGCACUAUCAAUGAACAUCUUUUUUUGUAUGUAAGGUGCACUGGAUUAUAAGGCACAUUUUAAUAGACACUGUAAGGAACUUCUUAUUCAGCAGGUCUCGCCGCUGGGUGGUGGUGGGGGGGUGGUAGCUAGCUAAGUUAAGUAAAGCUAAGCUAAGUAAACAAAACUGUUAUACAAAUGAGACUUUCUUUUAAAGUUAAAUGAGCGCUGGAUGUUAAUCUACACAGAUUUCUCUCCUGUUUAUUUGGGUGAGUAAAGCGCUUUUGCUUAUUUACAGUAAGCUUAGAUUUCUGAAUUUCUUCAGCACUAAGGCUGGAGCAUUAGCAUUAGCAGCUAACCAUUCCAGCAGUGCUAGCCAGGGUUAGGAGCAGGCUACAGACCAAAAAUACUCACCUCUGAACGGGGAAAUAGCGAGCAUGGUUAGCAGAUAAUGCUUAUGCUACUCCAGCAGUGCUAGCCGGGGUUAGAAGCAGGCUACAGACCAAUAAUACUCACCUCUGAACGCGGAAAUAGCGAUUAGCGGUUAAUGCUGAUGCUACUCCAGCCCUGGUGCUGGAGAUCUAAAUGAAAAUUCCUGUAUAAUGCUGUACUUCAGCGGCGUGGCUUUACUGCACCUUACAACCUGACUAAUGAAAUUCAAACAUAAGACGCACCAGAUUAAGAGGCACACUGACGAUUUUUGGGAAAAUUAAAGGAUUAUAAGUGUGCCUUAUAGUGCGAAAAUCUGGUAAAGAGCAAUUGUAAGAGCAGAUGUGUGGAUGUUUGGGUGGAUGUUUUAAAUUUAGCUCAUUCAACCACAGACGCAGAUCCUCUUUGGUAGAUGUUUGUGGGUGUAAGUUAAAACACUGCAGUUCAAGCUAAAUUACUGUAAAAAAAGCCUGUAACUAACUGAGAAUUUUAUACUACUUAUUCUGUACGUUUGUGAAAACUAUGGCUGUCAUCUUCAUGUAAAUCAAUGGAUCAGCGGCCACACCUGAAGUUCUACCACAAAGUAAACAAAUGCAAAAUAAGGUGGAUAAAUAAGGUUUCAAAUUGUCCGUCCAUGUAUGCCACCCAUGAAAAGAAAACAUAGCGUAGUAGAGGUUAAUGGUUACAGUAAAGGGGAAUUGUAUUACACAUUUCAAUACAAUUCUAUGUUGUUCUGAUUAAAAAUACUAUAACUAACAUAAACAUAUAUAAUAAUCUGCAUUAAAAGAGGCUUCAAAUGUAAAAGACGUAUUAGCAGAACAGCAAAUUUCAGUACGGUAAAUUUUUAUCUAUUUUAUUUAUCUGCAAUAGUGUACUUUUUCAUGGUGUAAAAACAUCCAGAAAUUCUAUGUAUUUUUUUAUUGUGUAUUAGAGACUUGUACAUCUGUUGUGUUUUUUUUUUUUUUUUUUUUGGAGUAGCUUUGUUAGUACAAAGUUGUACAGUAAGUUAGCUAGGUGUAAAUAUAGUAUACAGUAAAUGGACAAAAGUAUUGGGACAUCGAGAAUAUGCUAAUGAUUGAAUUAAGGUGGUUAAAAUCAAGCACCUAGCUAUGCAGACUGCAUUCACAGACGUAAGUGAAAUAAUGGGUGUUUUUAAAGAGCUUGCUGAACAAUAAUCGUACUGUAAAGAAAUGCCACUCUGGAUAGUCCCCAAUCAGCUCUGAGUGGUAUUAUUAAAAAGGGUUGAGGAUCUUAGGAGACAUGGAGACUACAGAAAAGUGUUCCAUGACUCAAUAUUAAUGCAUAUGAAUUUAGAUUGGAAUAUCAUAAAAAAAAACUACUGCAGGUGUAAUUUGUUUGUGUCCCAAUACUUUUGUCCGUACAGUUUAUAUAAAGUGAAUUCUGUUACAAAACUUCCAAAAAAACUUUAGGUAUUUAUUGAGGUAAUUAUGGAGGAAUCCAAAAGUGCAUUUUAUUUGAAUCAUUGGCCUAAAGUUUCAAAAUAUAAACUUGACACCAGAAGGUUGCUGGUUCAAUCCCCUGGACUGGCAAUGAAAUAACAGUGUUUUUACUCUGUCAGAAUUCACAAUCCCCAAUUGUCCCCUGUAGCUGUGGAUGGGUGCCAUGGGUGGGUUAAAUGCAGAGGCUACAUUUUGCUGUCCUGCUGUAAGAUGCCUAAAAAAUGAUCUUAAUCGUAAACUAUUUAGCUACAUAAUCAUUUAGCUACAUUUACCACAACCCCCUUUUUCAAUCCAACAACACAUAGUCUAAGAUGGCACUGAUAUAAGUUAUAAAGAGUCUACAGAAACCAAUAAAACAUCUACUCUCCUUAUAAGACGUAAGAUUUACUUGUAUCCAAGCACAAGCACAGUUUCACCCACAAUACAAUGCUAUUACCACUAAUUGCUCCCUCUGCAAUAGAUGGACCUCCUUUGAAAAAAAUCAAUGAUAUAGAUUUACAGCUCAAUUUACAAAUUACCACGCACACAACAAUUUACAAGAAACAUUUUGCAUAUAAUCGUUUACUGAUGACGUAUUACCAUCUCCAAUAGGUUUAUUUUAAGUGUGUUUUGAGUCAUUGACGUUAUUUGCACAAACACUUGUUCAAUGUAUUGUCUAUAGGCACUAUCAAAAAAACGGCAUCUGUUAUGAAUAGAAUUUUUUUUUUUUUUUAAUGGAAGUGAAUGUAAAAAGCAUUGUGAAGCAAAUAUAUUGUUUUGUUCAUCCUGAAAUUCUGACACAACAUAAAGAAUGACUGCAAGAUUCAAAUUAGGUACAAAAAUAUGAAAAACUGCAAAAAUGGAAAUUAAAUAUAUUCGAUUUCUGGUAGUGACGAUAUGCUACAGAUGCAGCAAAUGCAGUUUAUGAAAAAUGCUGGUGUUUUUAUCAUAUCCAUUGCUAAACUAGCUUUGGAGAAGCUUAAGAUCACCACAACCAUGAUGUGAAGUAGCAUUUGUGAUCAGCAAACAUUGGUACCUUGUCUGAAUAUAAUCAAAUCCUCAGAGAAAUGUUCCUGUCUCCACAUCUUUAUUAAAGCCUUUUCAGAUGAGUAGAAGAACAAAUUUCUUUUUAAUCCGCCUUAUUCUGAAUAAAUGUCUGGAUACUGGAUAUAUACUUAGACAUAUAGUCUGACAUAACAUACAAACACUGGAAUACACGGAAAUCACAAACUGACAAAGAGAAAAGCAGUUUGUUUAAGAUCUACAUCAAGUGAGAGUGAGGUGUGUGUGUGUGUGUUUGUUUAUAUUUGUGGCUAUUGCAAUUUUUUAUUUACGACAGAUUUUAUUUUGAAAUUUGGUUUUGAAAUUUUUACUGUACCCACAUUAAACAUCUUCCUUCUGCCCCUGA